AAUACUUCUUACAUAAAUAUUAAAAUUGUUUCGAACCGUGUCAAACCACAAACAAAAUGCGACAGAUGCCUAAUAAGCUAAACUCGUUGAAAAUGAUUAAAUACUAAUUUGGAUAAAUCGCUCAAGCUCAGCUAAACAAAAGAAAAUGUCAGCGUCUGACAAACGAACUGUCAAAAUGUCAGACGCGUCAAUAAAGCCACGAAAACUAAAAAAACAUCUGCGGGCAGCAAAGCCUCGUCGCAUGAUAACAAAACAGCUGCUGCACCUAUGCGUCUAUCUAGUCUGCAUAACGCAAACGCUGCAACAGCAACAUCGACAGCAGCAACAUGGACAGCCCGAGGGCAACAUGCUGCAGCAACAUCACCGAACCAGUGUAAAUAGCAGUGUAAAUAUCAAUAUAAGCAGGCAAUUCAACGAAAUUGUUCAAACGGCAACGGCCAGUGCAUCGGCCAGCGGUACGGGAGCGGUAACAUUCGCAUCGGUUACGGCAGCAACAACACUAACCCCAGGACGCCGAAAACUGAUCCGCAAGUUUCAGGGGCAACAAAAUCGUACUUCCACCUCGGGCAGGAGGCGAAAGCUGCGUUUGCAUCCCUAUUACCGGCGCAAUGCGACACAUGCAACGCGCACCACGACUGUGGCAAGUGUCUCUGCCACGGCAACCACGCUGCUACCAAAGAUGCCCCCCCACCAGCCCUUCAACUAUCACACCCACCUGCACUCGAGUUUCCAGCAGCAACAGCAGCAGCAGCAACAUGUUGCCGGUGGCCAAAUUACCCAGCAGCAGCAGCAGCAACAAGUGCAUGUUGUCGCCGUAACACCGCGCCCGCACCAGCGGCAACAACAGCAACAGCAGCCCGGAUUCGCCAUAGUACCUGCAACCUACUAUCACCAGCAGCAGCAACAACGCACGCUGUUGGGCAAUCUCACCCAGCAGCAGCAACAACAGCAACAGCAGCAACAUCUUCUCCUUCAGCCGGGCCAAAACAUUUUGGUGUACAGCAAUCUGGGACCCAUACCGCCCUGUCCGCCGGGCCUGCUGUCCGGCUCGGGAAUGCCGGUCUAUACGCAACAGCAGCACUUCAUACCGCUGCGAUCCACGACGACCCCGCGCCCCAGGCAACGUGAAUGCCACUGCAGCAGUGUGGGAUCCCUGUCAUCGGAUUGUGAUAAGCGAACUGGACAAUGCGCCUGCCUGGCCAACGUCACCGGAAGGAGGUGCGACAAGUGUCGUCCGGGUCACUGGAACCUCACCGCGGGCGAGGGCUGCCGGGACUGCCGCUGCGAUCCCCAUGGUUCCCGAGGCCACGAGUGCAACCCGUGGACGGGGCAGUGCGACUGUAAGAUCGGGGUUGGAGGUCAGCACUGCAACGAGUGCACGGAGGGAUUCUUUGGCUUCACCACCGAGGGAUGUCAGCGCUGCUCGGCCUGCAGGUCGGAGGGUCAGGUGUGUGACCCGCACAAUGGACGCUGCAUCUGCCCCAAGUUCACCCGUGGCUUGGCAUGUGGACAGUGUGUGCCGGGCACCUGGGGCUGGCAGGCUCGCCUGGGUUGCCGGGAAUGCGAUUGCGAUCACAUUGGCUCCAUUGGUCAGCAGUGCAACACCAGCGAUGGACAAUGCCAGUGCCGUGAGGGAUACUCGGGCAGGAAGUGCGACACCUGCGCUGUCGGGUAUUUCGGCUAUCCGGAGUGCCGGCGAUGCGGCUGCGACCCGGAGGGUUCCUUCACCCAGGCGGAUGGCUCAAUUGCUUGCGACUCGAAUGGCCAGUGCCCGUGCAAAUCCCUCGUGGUGGGUCUGAAAUGCGACACCUGCAUGCAAAGCACGUUCGGACUGUCCGCCCUCAAUCCCGAAGGAUGCACCCGAUGCUUCUGCUUCGGGAGAUCCGGAGAGUGCGAGCAGAGCGACUUGUCCUGGGGUCACAUCCGUAUGGCGGAGUCCAGAAAUCUCAGCGUCCAGCAAAUAAGACCGCAGGCGGUGCCCAGCUCGGACUACGAGUACAUUGUUGUGGUUCAGAUGGAGGGCAGCAGUUUUCAUCGCGAGGACGCCGAGAUUCAGCGCAUGAAUGAUCUGAGCUUGGUGCCCAAAUCCACGGGAAAUGUCUCCAUCGGCGCCUAUGGUCAGUUUUACCAUCCGCUCUACUUCCAACUGCCUCCGCAGUUCUACGGAGAUCGAACAAGCAGCUAUGGUGGCUUCCUGUACUUCACCCUGAUCACCGAGGGCGCCCACAAGCCCUUGGAGCGCAAUAUUUUGGGUCAGUAUCCGUUGGUUCAGUUGCACGCACACUCCAAGUUGCUACUGGACUUUUACGAGUACGAAGAGUUCGAGUACUCCUUGAACGUGACCCAUCGGGUACCGCUGCAUGAGUCCUUCUGGAAGUACCACCACACCAGCCAGGCAGUGGAUCGCAAUACUCUAAUGGCCGCCCUGCAAAACAUUCGGCACAUCUUCAUUCGAGCCUUUGCCUUCGCCGAUUUCCAGGAAGUUGUCCUGCAGAAUGUACACAUGGAUGCGGCCAUCUAUAUCAAGGGAUCUACCAAUCUAAUAGCCAAAGGAGUGGAGCGAUGUAGAUGCCCCAAGCGCUUUGAUGGACUUUCAUGCCAGGAUCCGGGCAGAUCCUUCUACCGUUGGCGUAAUACCACCGUUGUGGAGAGUGUGUUCAUUGAGGAUCUGAUAGGAAGAGCAGCUCCAUGUCAUUGUAAUGGUCGUAGUAGCGACUGUGACCGGGAAACUGGAGUCUGUCAGAACUGUCGCGGUAACACUGGCGGGGAUCAUUGCCACCAAUGUGCUGAAGGGUUCUUCGGUGAUCCCAACUCUCCGCACGGAUGUCAGGCCUGUCCGUGCCCGGAAACCAAUAGGAACUUUGCCCGAGGCUGCAAUGUCUGGGACGGAGAAGUCAGCUGUGUUUGCAAGCCGGGUUACACGGGACGAUUGUGUGAGCGGUGCCAAGCCGGAUAUUUCGGAGAUCCUAUGAGACAUCCCAACACCACUUGCCAGCCGUGCAACUGCCAUCCGGAUGGAAUCCGAACCGAAGGCUGCGAUAUAGAGACUGGUAGAUGCUACUGCCGAGAAGGAGUCACUGGACUUAAGUGCGACAAGUGCCAGGCGGAACGUCAUCAUCUAGUGGACAACGGCUGCAGAAUCUGCGACAACUGCACUCUUCUGCUCCUGGAUUACGUGGAGCUGGUGGGCCACAAGCUUCGUCGUGGAAUGCACAACAUGGAUUUGACGGGCAUUCCGGCGCCAUAUCGCAAAUUGGCAGAGUACGAAAGCGCCUAUGGCGAAUGGAAUGCGCGCCACUGGGACUUUAGCCAGACCAAACGACGUCUGCAGGAUUACGACUCUGCUGACAUCCUGAAGCUGGAGGCCCACGCCGAAAAUGUAAAGUUCCAAUCCCGCAAAGCAGUGGCCACCAUUGGAAAACGGGAGUUCGCCAUCAAAUCGAUGCGGGAGGAUGCUGUGAUCCAGCAGCACAGUGUCGGCUUACUCCGUUCGGAGAUUCUUCAAACCCUUUCCGACUUACAUGGCUAUGGAAAGAGUGCCCAUUACCUAAGCUUGCCCACUGCCCUGAAGCAGGCCCGUUUCUACCUGCAGGCCAUCCGGGAGCACGACCAUAUGGUUCAGGGAAUCCGCAGCACCAGCGACUGUGCAUGGAAGCACUUUUACGCCAUGGGAAACGCAUCGGAUGCGUCCUUCGACGAGAGUGGCCGCCUGGAGAUGCUCUGGCGGGAUUUGAAUCAGACCAACCAUCGGGUGGUAGACAUGCGGCUGCAGUUGGAUCGCGUCCAGGAAGUGGAGAGCGAAGCGGAGGACGUCCUGGAACAUGUACGCAAUUUGAGCUUCCAUGUGGGUGAAUCCCAUCAGGAACUGAAUGACCUCAAACAGCGCAUUUCCGACCACCUCGAUCCGGGCUACCUAGAGCAGGGCGAGGGCUUGCUGAGGCUGACAGUCCAGCGGCAAAUAGUGCUCAAUGGGCAUCUCAACCAACUGGAUGGCUAUCGUGUACUACUAAAUACCACGUUGGGCGUGAAAUCUGAACAGCAGCGGGAGGUGCGCAAGCACUGGCUUCCCAAGGCGGAGAGACACGCCAGUCACCUGCUGGCGCGAUCCAAUGACUACGCCCGCCAGUUUCAACCGACCAGAAAUGGAGCUCGAAUAGCCAUGCUGGCCAGUUCUGCCCACAGUAAUAUUACCAAGGCCAUCAACGAUGCUCGGCUAGCUUCAGUCCUGGCCAAAGAACGGGUGUACGAGGCGCAGAGGACACUCUACCCCACUGAUGGCAGCUCCAUGAUCGAGCGGGCCAAGCACUCGCUGCACAGAUCAAAGCAACUGCAGCAGGAAGCCCUCAAACAGAUGCACAAAUCCAAUGUGCUGAAGGACAAACUGCAUCGCCAGGAGCAACAGGUGGAGGGCAUCAAGGCGACGAUUUACGACUCCGGACUGCGCACAAACAACAUAUCCGGACAACUGCAGGGUCUUUCGGAGAGUUCAGCUCGUCGGCAAGCAAAGGAGAGUCUGGAAUUGGCUGAUAGAACGGGAGAACAAAUGCGUGCCGAGCUGCGACUGGCCAAGGAUAUGCAGAAGUCCAUCCAAAACAUGCGGCAUUCGUUUUCCAAUUUGGAACCCGACUGGGAAAUCAAACUGGGAAUGGCCCAGGAGAACAUAUCCCUAACCCAGACCAACUUGCGGCUGGCCAAUGUCUCCUUGAGUUACCUGGAGCAGCAGGCCGAGAAGGAGCAACAGGUGUUCGAGGUCUGGAACAACAGCAUGGCUCAGCAGCUACAGCAGCUCCGGGAUCAGAUUGCCAAGGCCAGACAUGCAGCGGAAGCGAUCGAUGUCUCCUUGGAAUCGCUGGGUCCCAAGUGCAUUCGAUCCUAUCUGCCAGCCUCGUACGGCUUGAGUACCUCGAACAAGCUUCGAAUGAGCUUUGCCCUAUCCAAUCACCUCGAGAGCUCGCCGCUGAUUCAUCUGGCCAGCAGCGAGGGACGUCACAUCACCCUGGAGCUCCACAAGCGUCGUGUGCGCCUAGUAUGGAAUCUGGGAGGCACCACCGCCACCGUAACGCAUCCCAUGGUGGUGCAGACUCGUGACCCCAAGUACGACGAUGCCUGGUACCAUGUGGAGGCCAAUAGGACACUUAAUCUGGGCAGUCUGGUAGUGCGUCGGAUGAACAACUAUGGCGAGCUAACUCCGCCUAGCCCGGUUACCAUAACAGGAUCCACGGAUACGGAGCACACACGUUUCUAUCAGUCUCGAAGCGAUCGCAUUUCGCUGGGCGGCUUUGCAUCAAAGGAUUUGCAAUUCACACCGGGACUCAAUGUGGUGGUGCACCAGGUGGAGGUGGACAACAAGCCGCUGGGUCUGUGGAACUUCGUCACCAGCGAGGGAAGCUGCGGAGGAUCAAUGGUUGGCGCUAAGGAGUCUUCGGCCUCGUCCACCGCUCGCCACUUCAAUGGAUUGGGCUAUGCCCAGUUGAUGAAGACCCGGCCGCGACCCACUCGCAAAAACCUGUUCUCCGUGCAGAUGACUUUCCGCACCCUAGACGAAAAUGCCUUGCUCUUCUUAGCGGUUGAUGACAAGAACAACCGCUCGGUGUCGGUGACUUUGAGCCGGGGUAGGAUCAUGUUCCGCAUCGACUAUGGCGACGAGUCCAAGCUGGAGAUCAACACCACCAAGAAGUACAAUGUGGGCCAGUGGAUCAAGAUAGAGGCUGCGCGAGAGUUCUCUGCCAAAAGAAGCACUGAAAACGGUAUGCUCCGCGUAAACAACGAUCGCCCCAUUUCCGGAGCACCCACACUACCCGUAAACAUUCACUUGCUACCGGAUCUUUCCAAGGCUGUGUAUUAUCUAGGCGGUGUGCCACCAGGUUUCACUUCGGGAACCUCAAAGGCGCCUGGAGCUGAUAAUCCCUUCCUGGGAUGUAUGAAGGAUGUUCAGGUGAAUGGCGAGACCUACGAUCCUCUGGAGAGCUCUAGCUACUACGGUGUGGAGCCUUCCUGCAAGGACAUGAUUACCAAGGCUGGUUUCUCCGGCAAUGGCUACUUGGAGCUGCCCUCGCAGUCACUCCGCAAGCGAUCCAACACCGCUUUGGUGUUCCGCACCCUUCAGCCCGAUUGUCUGCUGCUCCUCGCCGCCUAUCCGCCUGAGAUCCUGGGCGACUACGAUGCUAAGGACAUCAAGGGCAACUUCUCCAUUAGCCUGGUGGAUGGCCAAUUGCAUGUUUGGGUGAACUCUGGUCGCAGCUUCAUCAAGAUGUCCUCGAACUCCAGUCAAAUGAACGAUGGCGAGUUUCACGUGGUACAUUUGAUCAAGACGGGUCGCAAACUUGAGCUGAUGGUGGACGAUGAGCUGCAAGAGAUCCGCAACCUAAACGGCAGUCCCACGGUCGUCAGCCUGCCGAGGGAUGCAGGUGGCCUGUACAUCGGUGGGGCUCCACCGCACGAGAGUUAUACGCCAUUGGCGCCGACUUUUGUGAAUCUGGAAGGAGCCAUUCGGGAUGUGGUGUUCAACAACCGGACCAUUAACUUUAACGAUGCCCUGACCUUUGCCAACGUCCAGAUCGGGCGAAACGGUCCACUGAUGGGCAGCCUCAAAGGAGGACUGUACGAUGUCCUGCUGAAAACCGAACCCAUGAUUGGAAAGAGUUUUACAGCCUCGCCCGAGGGCUGCAAGCGGAUCGGCAGCUAUUCCUACGAGCCGAAUGCAUUCAAGUUCGGAGACGAUAUCUAUAGCUAUUCCCAGCUGAAGCUACCGGAGCGUCACUUCUGGCAGCGCAACUUCCAUCUCAGCUUCGACUUCCGCUCCUUCUACCCCAAUGGAAUGCUCUACUUGUCGCCGGGAAGCAAGGAGAAACCCAAGCACUAUGUCGCCCUCGUCCUCAAGGAUGGACAGCUGGUCCUGGUUGUGCGAGGUCGCCGGCGCGAGGAGCUCCAGUUGACCGCCAAGUUGAACGAUGGCGAGUGGCACCGGGUGACGAUUAGCUGCCACGAUCGUAAGGUCACCAUGUCCGUGGAAAUAGGACGUACAGAUCAGAAGACCUCCGCCCAGAUGAAGCUGCCCAAGAAGAUCGGCGCCUCUCAGUUGCUGCUGGUGGGUGGACUGCCCCAGUCCCCAGUCAAGGUCUCCUCCGAUCUGUACGUCCGCCUGGAGCCAUUCAAGGGUUGCCUGCGCCGGGUGAGCAUCAACAACAACACCCAGGAUUUGGCUCGACCCGGCAAACACUCGAACGUGGGCCAGUGCUUCCCCACGGUGGAGAGAGGCAGUUACUUCCCCGGCGAUGCCUAUGCCAUUUACAAGAAAAACUUUAAUGUGGGCAAGUACCUCGAUCUGGAAACGGAAUUCCGGACCUCGGAGCUGUCGGGCAUCCUGCUGAGUGUCUCUGAUCCGAAUGGAUUCCCAUCGCUGUCACUAGAGUUGCAUAAUGGCAAUAUAAUAUUCUCCUGCGAUCCUGGAAAUGGAGUGCCCAUGCGUGUGGAGUCAUCGCUGCCCACCAAAUAUGCGCUGUGUGACAACAAAUGGCAUAAUAUUUCAGCCCUCUACGACGGCGAGCAGAUGGUCCUGCGCAUCGAUCAACUGCCAGCCGUGAUCAGUGUGGGAAAUCAGGGUAACGCCGGAAAAGUGCAAACCCGCUCCCCACUUUACAUAGGCGGUCUGCCAGAGAAUGCUCCCAGUGGGUCACUGAUAUCGCGGGAGAACUUCAAGGGCUGCAUCCGGCACGUGUCCAUUCGGAACGAGAGACGCGACUGGAUCGAGAUGGAGGACCUGAGGAACGUGCUGCUCAGCGAGUGCCUCGUGUCCAGCGAUGAGAGCUGAAGAUCGGUGUCCGAGUUCCGGACAGCUUUCCGGGCGCUUCUGGUUCCUGUUGACGCCACACCAAAACUUUUUCCAAAUGUAUUGUGAUCAAUAACGAGUUUAGAGCCAACUAUUUAUAGCCCUUCACUGCCAUAUAAGCUAGGUUACUCUAGGAUUAGCUUUCAAUGUUUAUAUAAUUACGUACAACUUUUAUUGCCAGUGACUGCAUUUUGUACUUUGCAAUCUAAUGCAUAAUUUAUUUUCCUAUUUAUCAUUUAUAUUAUUUUUUUCCAUUAUUUAUUUUAUGUUUUAAAAGAGGCUUUAGGUUUGUAUAUCAUUUGGCAUACGACUUAUCAAAAAUUGUGUUUUUCGAAUCUCCAGUUUGUACAGUGCGCAACGAAAUUGACUUAAGUAGCUAUAACCUUCAUUAUUUUCAUUUGUAAAUAGAACUGCCAUUUAGUUUGUAUUUAUUGUAGCACCUAUGCAAUAUUUAUGUAAUA